AUGGCGGCCUCCAUUUUCGAUGUUUCUGUGGUGAAAGAGAAUUGCUCACAGCUUGGAGAGGGCCCCCACUGGGACGGGACGACAGAAAAACUCAUCUGGGUGGAUAUUUUGGGGCAUAACGUUCAUCUGCUUGAUAUCAUAACGGGAAAGGUAAGACAAAUAAUNAAUACCUUCCAAAUUGCAAAACUUGUAAAUAGAACAGCUGUGCCCAGGAAAAGAGGUGGUUCCUUGUUGGUGGCAGUCAAUAGGAAUUUUACCUUUCUUGAUCUUGAGACAGGACAAAAAGAAGUGGUAGCUUCAGUAGAUGAGGACAAGCCAGAAAAUCGUUUCAAUGAUGGAAAGUGUGAUCCAGCUGGGCGAUUUUGGGCAGGUACCAUGGGUCCAGAAGAAAAGCCAGUGUGUGUAAAACCACAUCAAGGAUCCCUGUACUCGUUAGAUUGCAAUAUGGCCGUACGAAGUUUGGUUGAUAAGCUCUCGAUAUCCAACGGUAUCGCCUGGACUGCAGACAAGAGGACGCUUUAUCACGUUGACAGCUUUGAAAACAAAAUCGACGCCUUCGAUUAUGACGAAUCAAGCGGCACGAUAUCUAAUAGGAGAAAUGUCAUAGUUGUCGACCAUUCCCUUGGGGUUCCAGACGGAAUGACCAUUGAUGAAGAUGGAAUGUUAUGGGUUGCUAUGUACAACGGAUGGAGGGUUGUAAAGUUUAAUCCUUGUAGUGGAGAAUACUUGACCCAUGUAGAUCUUCCAGUAGCUAAUGUUACUUCUUGCUGUUGGGCCGGCACCAACUUUGAUGAACUGAUAGUAACUAGUGAAAGCUAA